AUGGUUGACGUAACAAAUUUAGAUUUAUAUGAACUAUUAGAUAUUAAAGAUGAAAAAUGUACAACACGAGAUUUAGUACGAGGAUUUCGUCGUCAAGCAUUACAAUGUCAUCCAGAUAAAUUUCCAGAUGAUCCAACAGCAAAUGAACGUUUUUUAAAAAUAAAAAAAGCAUUAGAAAUUUUAAGUGAUCAAAAAGCACGUGAUGCCUAUGAUUCAUGUCGUUUACAAAAGAAAAUACAAGAACAAAAAUAUCAACAAAUGGAUGAUAAACGAAAAAAAUUUAAACAAACAUUGGAACAAAAUGAAAAACAAGCACAACAACAAACAAAUUCAACUAUAAAAACACAAACUACUGAUGAAAAAUUUAAAAUUGAAAUUGAACGACUACGACGAGAAGGUAGUCAAUUAUUAACAGAUGAAUUAGAAAAAUUAAAUUUAUUCAAUCAAAAACAAAUGAAUAAACAAGAUUAUUUAAAUUCAGAUGGUUGUCGAAUUAUUAUUAGAUGGAAUAUGAAGGAUUUAUCAAAACAAUUGUAUAAUGAAAAAGAAUUAGAAAAUGUUUUUAGUAAAUAUGGUUGUAUUAAACAUAUAUUUAUUAAAAAAUCCAGUGCCAUUUUAGAAUUUGAAAAUGAACAUGUAUCACAAAUAAUUGAACAAGAAAAAGGUCUUGAUGAUUAUGUACAAUUUAUAUCGAUUAGAAUAAUUCAGACACAUAAACAAAUACCAAAAUCAAAAUUAACAGAGACUACGAAAAAAGAAGUGAAAGCAGAUUUUGAAGAUUAUGAAGCGACCAUUCUCAAACGUUUAGCCAGUUUUCAAAAUAGUCAAACAACUACAAUAAUAUGA